AUGAAAACCUUCGCCAUUGCCCUUCUUAUUACUGCAGGGGCGCUCUUCCCUGCCAUUCUCCUUCUUUCUUUUUAUUAUGCCAUCACCCGUAUCUGGCCAGCACCACCCCCGCUCGACAUCGAAUUGGAACGCAUUACCAUUCCGGCAUCCAAUCAACUGACUCAUCACAUGCUUGUUCACCCGGCUAUGCCACCUCGUGCUCACAUUCGGCGACACUCACUGCACUUCACCACUCAGCAGUUCGAUGAGUUGGACAACCUUGCAUCUAUGAUGCUGCGUGACAGCGAGAUGGAAGCCGAACAUCCAUUCAAGUCUAAAUCGUGCGACGAGGAACAUUGGGAUGUAGUGGAAUGA